CACGCUUCCUCCACUCUCUCUAUCUCUCUCUCUUCCUCACCAAAGUCAGCAAAAAAAAAAAAAGAAAAAAAAAAGACAUAAAAUAAAUGAAGAACUCAAAUUUCAAAGUUUGAGCUUUGGAAAAAAAAAAUCCUUACUUUAUUUAUACAGAGUGAGAAAGAAGCAGGGUUCAUAGAACAGACCACAGGGUUACCUUUUAAUAAUACUUUCUGAGUAAAUACUAUUUUGUAUGGUUAUAUAUUUAUGUUUUGUACAAUCAAAAAGACUGUCUUUCUGACUAGGGUUUCUUGUUUGAACUUUUCUCUUCAUUUCACCAUCUGGGUUUUGCUUAAUUAUUAAUUCAGUGUUUUUAGCACUGAUAACUCUUUCUUUAUUUUGGGUUCUUCUUUCGUGAAUAAAGUUCAAGGCUUUACCUUGUUAUGUCAAUUCUUGGUGCUUCUAGCUUUGCGAGCUGAGGACAAUCUUUGUGCUUCUAGUAGUCUUGGGCUGUGUUUGGAUAGAGGGCUGUUGCUUCUUUGGUCUAGUCUUGACUCUUGAGUGCUUGGUAAAGGUUAGUACUUUAUGCGUAAUUGAAAGGGGUAGGGAGUGAUAAAAGAGAGAAUCUUGACUUCUAUUUUUAUAAAGUAGAAGUGUUUGGACACGGGGGUUUGGUUAAUUUUGAGAGGGUCUGGUGGUAGUGUUUAUGAUGAUUCAUGGGGAGUAGAACACAUAAUAAUAAUAAAGCUGUGACCGAGAUGCCAAGCUUUGUUCCUCAGAUAUCAACUUCUAAUCCCAUUGGUACAGAAGGAAAUAAUAUUCGUUCUUCCAGAGUUUCAGACUUUUCAACAAUUGAGCAAUCUCUUGGGUUUCGCAUAGAAGAUGCCGUUGAUCUUAGCAGAAAUCCUCUUUUUCAUCAAUUAAAAUCUAGCGGCCAGGCAAUAGGCACUGAUGUUCAGUUUGGCACUUUGAAUAAGCCCCUUGCAUCUUCAGAUAUAAAUCUCUCAGCUGCUGUUGUGGGGUCCCAGUCAUUACCACUACAAAAAGAAGUGCAAGUAAAUCCAGUUUCUAUACCUGGUAACCAUCCUGAGAAUUGGGGAGAAACCAGUAUGGCAGAAGCCAGUCCUAGAACCGAUACCUCGACAGAUGAUACAGAUGACAAAAAUCAAAGGUUUGAAAGAGGACAAUCAACUGCAAUAGUAGCAUCUGAUUCCAGUGACAAGUCAAAGGAAAAGGCAGGGGAUCAGAAGACAUUAAGAAGGCUUGCUCAAAAUCGUGAAGCUGCUAGAAAAAGCCGACUAAGGAAAAAAGCAUAUGUGCAACAAUUGGAGAGCAGCCGGCUUAAGCUGACCCAACUGGAGCAAGAGCUCCAGAGAGCCCGGCAACAGGGAAUUUUCAUUUCAAGUUCAGGAGACCAAACCCAUUCAAUGAGUGGAAAUGGUGCCUUGGCAUUUGAUGCAGAAUACUCACGGUGGCUAGAAGAACAGAACAGGCACAUAAGUGAGCUGAGGGCUGCGGUCAAUUCACAUGCAGGAGAUACUGAACUUCGUACUAUUGUUGACAAUGUCGUUGCACACUUCAAUGAAGUUUACAGGCUGAAAGGCACUGCUGCAAAAGCUGAUGUUUUCCACAUCUUAUCAGGAAUGUGGAAAACACCAGCAGAGCGUUGUUUCAUGUGGAUAGGUGGCUUUCGCUCAUCUGAACUCCUCAAGCUUCUUGUGAAUCAAUUGGAGCCUCUGACAGAGCAACAGCUGAUGGGCAUUUACAACUUGCAGCAAUCUUCCCAACAGGCUGAAGAUGCUCUGUCACAAGGGAUGGAAGCACUGCAGCAAUCUCUGGCGGAAACAUUGGCUAAUGGCAACCCUGGCUCAUCAGGUUCAUCUGGGAAUGUGGCAAACUAUAUGGGUCAAAUGGCCAUGGCCAUGGGAAAGCUAGGAACUCUAGAGGGGUUCCUUCGUCAGGCUGAUAAUCUGAGGCAGCAAACACUAGAACAAAUGCACCGUAUACUGACAACUCGGCAAUCAGCCCGUGCACUUCUGGCAAUAAACGAUUAUUUCUCUAGGCUACGAGCCCUUAGUUCUCUCUGGUUGGCCCGGCCACAAGAAUAAGUAGCAGUAUGUUAUCCCCCUGCGAAGUUAACAUGAAUAUUUAUCAGUUCACUACCCUCUUGCUGCCUCCAGUUCUCGUCUUGCCAUUGGGUGGGUUGCUGCUGUUGGUCUUUGAAGCUGUCUCCGGUGGCAAUUGUGGUGCAGUUAGGUCAUAGUUGGUGUAAUUAUAGGGUUUCAUGUGCAGUUGUAACGCCAGGUUUGCUCACACAGAUGUUUGCUUAUCUUCUUGUUGUAAAACAAUUGGUGGCAAUAAUUCGAUCAUGUUUGGUGUUUGUUAGAACUGAUAAAGGGAAAUAGGAGUGUGAUUUGUAACAUAGGUUACAGUUCUCGAUUUGUAUACCAGAAAAUCAAAUUGAAUCAGGAUUAUAGUUGUUUUUUGAGUGCUGCA